AUGAUAUAUGGGGCAUGCGUCGCGUCGUUUGUGUACAUUAUUUCUUUUCACACAUUACCGACAGUUCCAGAACAUCGAUCUUCAAUUAUGCAAGACAUUUCCACUGAUCCAUAUUUUCAAAACACCCCACCAACGGAAUUUCGAUUUCUGGAUUACUAUCGUCACCGGCAGAAUCAACCCGAUUUUACCUUUUCAUUUAAAGAAGAGUCAGGCAGGCUUUGGCGUUGUCUGGAGUCGCUGGUGAAUAAUGGUUUGAGUGACGUUGAGUCAGCUGCCAAACGUCCCGAGAAGGGAAAACAUACUUCCAUGGCUACGGUGGAUGCGGUACAUCCACUUUACGGCGGUACCGCCAUGUCCACAAGCUUUGGUUUCCCAACCUUUAUUGUGGAGAUGGGACCCUUCAUUUGA